AUGUCUGCUGAGCAAGAGACCAAAUCCACUGAAGAGACAAACAUCGGCGGAAACCUCGACGCUGCUGGUUCUGCCUCAGGUGCUGGAAGCAUAGGAGCCUCUGCCAGUUCCAAAAAGUCCGAAGAACGACGGAAACCCAAGAAGCUCGGCCAAAAAGGCUCAGCGAACGGCACUCCCCAGAAAGAACUUGAAGCCGACGGCGAAGUAGACGCCGGUGGUGACGACGAGCCACCUUCAACACCAGCCCCUCCACCCAAGAUGGAACAGCAGUCCCGCUCAAAGUCCCGACAGGCCAGUCGAGGUCGCGGUCGCGGGUCGAGUCAACCACCCAGCGACACCGACAGUGCCUACCGGAGCGACGUGUCACAGAAAGGUGGCAGGAGAAACAGGAACCGCAACCGAGGAAAGGCCCAGGCGCAAUCACAAGCCCAGACGCAAGGACAAGAUGGCGGUCUGCUCGGCGGUGGCGGUCCUUUGGACGCCGUCGAUGAGGUCGGCGAGACGGUCAACGGUGUGGUUGACGGCGCCGGUAACCUGGUGAAUGACACUGCCGGAAAGGCCUUGAGCAAGCCCCACGAGGCUCUCGGAGGCCUCCUCAAAAGCAAGGGCGGCAAACAGGGAGCGGAGGGCGAAAAAGACGAAGGGGAAAAUGAGCAACUGCGACUACGGCUUGACCUUAACCUUGACAUUGAAGUCCAACUCAAGGCCAAGAUCCACGGCGAUUUGACUUUGGGUCUCUUGUACGUGCUUGAACCGUCACUGAAGCGAAUUGCUAACGUCUCACAGGAACUAGUGCUUGACGAGCAAGUACUGCCGCCCACUUGCAUCUACUACCGAACUCCUAUCGACAAGACUGCUCGCUUGUCAGGGAUGGUCGCCACGGCGAUUUGGUUGUUUGGGAGAAUUGUGUCCAAAGAUUGUCUCGUUUCACGGUGUUGGAUAUCAAAUCUGUGGGCAUGCUAUUUUAAAGCUUCAUUUGUCCAAGCCGUCUCCGCUGUCCCCGGAGCAUCACCGGGCGUAGCACGACGACAAUAUGUAUCUUCCACGACGAUACCAGACGUAAGGGACUGGGCUCCGACGGGUGCCAACAGCUUCGGCACAGACACAAUCUAUGCAUUAUCUACCGCUCCGGGUCGAUCUGCGAUUGCUGUGGUCCGCAUCUCAGGACCGGCAUGCCUAAGCAUCUACCGAUCCCUGUGUCCCCAUCGACCUCAGCCGAAACCUCGCACUGCCACUUUGAGACGGCUGUACGAACCCAAGCCAAGCGAUAUAUCCAGUCCCCAGGUUCUUGACAAUGGCGCACUUGUCCUCUACUUCCCUGCGCCCCAUACCGUGACUGGCGAAGACGUGCUCGAGCUGCAUAUCCACGGCGGCCGUGCCAUUGUUCGGUCUGUUCUUGAGGCCGUCUCAACAUGCGGAGGAUUACUCGAAGAGAUGGGACAUAGCGUACGCCAUGCUGAGCCGGGCGAGUUCACGAAGCGCGCAUUCUAUAAUGGGAGACUGGACCUCACGCAGGCUGAAGCCCUGGGCGAGACUCUUGCCGCUGAGACUGAGCAGCAACGCCGCUUGGCUGUAAGCGGCUCAGAUGGGGGUCUUGCAAAGCGUUACGAAGACUGGCGUAUGAUGCUGCUCUACGCUCGCGGUGAGCUCGAGGCACUCAUUGAUUUCUCUGAGGAUCAGCACUUCGACGAGUCGCCGGUAGAGUUCAUGGCUUCCGUGUCAGACCAAGUCACAGGGCUACGGCGUCAGAUCGAGAUGCACUUGCAAAACGCAUCAAAAGGCGAAUUGUUGCGCAACGGUAUCAGCAUAGCUCUGUUGGGCGCGCCGAAUGCCGGAAAGAGCUCCUUGUUGAAUCGUAUCGUAGGCCGAGAGGCAGCGAUCGUCAGUGCUGAAGAAGGUACAACAAGAGAUAUCGUUGAUGUUACCGUGGAUUUACAAGGCUGGCUCUGCCGCUUGGGUGAUAUGGCAGGCUUACGAUCCGGUGGUGGUGGCGGUGACCUGAACAGUGUCGGCCUGGUUGAGCGCGAAGGGAUACGUCGUGCUCGGGAGCGAGCUCUGCAAUCUGACGUUGUCGUUGCACUUUUCUCGAUUGAGCUAGACGUUGAAGGCACACCAAGUGUUCAGGUCAAUGAGCAAGUCUAUGAGGCCAUUCAAGAAUGCCACCGCGCUGGCAAAACGAUUUUGCUCGCUCUGAACAAGGUUGAUCUACUCGAGAAUGGCGCAAGUCGGGCAGAAGCCGUCGAGCAUCUACAGGCACAACUCCAGGAAACAUUCCCCAUGAUCCCUUCGAACCGACUAUGUCGUAUAUCCUGCAGAGAUGCAGAAAAGGCAACGAGCACUCCAGAUUCUACUGGGAUCCAAUCAUUCCUUCACCAUUUGACUGACGUAUUCGCUGAACUCACGAGGGCCGCCACGGGUGGCGACACUGACGGGAUGAAUCCAGUCGAGGCCCAAUCAUACUGGAGUGCGUCCCUGUCCGUCACGCACCGUCAGAGCCUCUAUCUCAAACAGUGCCUGGGUCAUCUCAAUGACUUUCUCGAUCAAACUUCUCCGAAUCCAAACGCCGAGUCCGUCUCUUCUACUCAAAAGAGCCUGAAUCGACACGAUCAUACAAAUAGUCCUCAUGACGACCUUCGUGAUGAGAUUGAUAUUGUCACUGCGGCCGAACAUCUCCGGUUUGCCGCCGACUGCCUAUCUAAGAUCACAGGUAAAGGCGAAGCUGGAGAUGUAGAAGAUGUGCUUGGGGUUGUGUUCGAAAAGUAA